ACAACUCGGUAGCGAAGUGGCUAAUCAGAAAAAAUCGUGUCGAAGGAAGAGGCGAGGCAAAAACGUAACAGAGAAUUUCAAUAGCCUCAGAAAGAAAAUAGCAACCAGCAAAAUGAAGCUGCCAUUUGUCAUCUUCUCUUUGGUCCUGAUAUAUUGGAUCUGCAUGAUCCAUGCUGAUGAAGACGUUAACUCGAAGAAAGAUGAGAUAGAUUCGGAUACAGAGGACGCAUUGGACCAUCAAUAUGUAUCCUUGGAAAAAUCCCUUUUAAGACACAAAAGAGGUUCAUUACCGGUUAUUGAUAUGUUAUCUAGCACGAACUUGAUGUCGAAAAUAUUCCUGAAAACCUUAGGAGUCGGCAUUAAACCUAUGUUAAAUUUAUGCAAGUUUAUGAACGAUGCACUAAGUGGAAAUGGUGUUUGUUCCAAGACAGAGGAUUUCUCCAUGAAGAACCUCAUAUCAAUCAUGAAUCCAACAAAAACAAUAAAAACAAUCAAGGGUGCGUUCUGCACUUGCUUAAACACGAUGGGUGAAGCAAAUCGUGUGGCACUUCGCAAAGUGAUGAAGACAGCCGUAGACUUUGGAAUGAACGUAAUGAUGCCCAAAGUAGUAAUACCAUCCCUGACUAUGAUAAGAAAAAGCGGCAUUUUACCUAAGAAAAUGUGUAUCAUGAUAGACACGUUUAUCGCAGCUUACAACCUUAUGAAUAUGGCGAAGAAAUUGCUGUAAUGUGCAAAGGAUAAUUUCUUGUUUUUCAAAGUAAAAAUAAAAGGCUAACAUGCAAAGUA